AUGUUGGAGAAUUAUAGCAACCUGGUCUCAGUCGGUCUUUGCAUUCCCAAGCCAGAUGUGAUCUCUUUAUUGGAGCAAGGGAAGGAGCCUUGGAGUGUUUUUGACAGUGAGCUGACAAGAGGCCUGUACCUAGAAUAUAAAUCUAGGUGUGAGAACAAGAAAUUAUCUCUGAAAAAGGGUAACUAUAAAAUAGAUUCAUCCCAGUGGGUUAUAAUGGAAGGAUGUACAAAGCAUGGACUUAAACAGGGAUCUCAGGAAAGACAUUUUAGCCAAAUCUCAUGUACCUCUGAAGACAUAUCCCCUUUCAUUCAGCAAACAUCUCUCCCUCUACAUCGAACAUUUAAUACCAAAGAGAAAUCUUAUGAAUGCCAAAAACAUAAAAAUGCCUAUGGACAGGACUCAAAACUUACUACACAUCAAGAAGGUCAUAAUGGCGAGAAAUUCUAUGACUAUAAGGAAUAUGGGAACACCCUUAGUAGAACUUCAAAACUUAGUUCAUAUCAUUCAGUGCAUAUUGGUAUGAGACCCUAUGAAUGUGAGGAAUGUAGGAGGUCUUUGAAUAGUGACUCGGACUUUAUGCAACAUCAGAUAAAUUUUACUAGGGAGAAAUCUAAUGAAUUUAGGAAAAGUGGGAAGGCCUUUACUAAUGCCUCACAGUUUUUUCUACAUCAUAGCAUUCAUACAAGUGAGAAACACUUUAAAUGUAAGGAGUGUGUUAGAGAAUUUAGUAAUGGUACAGCCCUUAUUCGUCAUCAGAGGAUUCAUACUGGUGAAAAACCUUAUGAGUGUAAUGAGUGUGGAAAGGCUUUUAGUACUAGUUCAAUAUUUAGAGUACAUCAGAGGAUUCACACAGGUGAGAAACCCAAUGAAUGUAAAGAAUGUGGAAAAGCCUUUCGUCAUUCCUCAUACCUUACUCAACACCAAAGAAUUCAUACUGGUGAGAAACCUUAUAAAUGUAAGUAUUGUGUUAGAGCAUUUAGUAAUGUUUCGGCCUUUAUUCGGCAUCAGAGGAUUCAUACUGGUGAGAAACCCUACAAAUGUAAGGAAUGUGGAAGAGCCUUUAGUACUGGCUCAAUCCUUACAGCACAUCAGAGAAUUCACUCAGGUGAGAAACCCUAUUUAUGUAAGGAAUGUGGGAAGGCCUUUCGUCAGUCUUCAGACCUUACUCAACAUCACAGAAUUCAUACUGGUGAGAAACCCUAUGAGUGUAAGGAAUGUGGAAGGGCCUUUCGUCGUUCAUCAGAACUUUCUCGACACAAGUUAAUUCAUGCUGAUGAGAAAUUGUAUGAAUGUAAGGAAUGUGGAAAGAUAUUGAGUAGAGAUUCAAUACUUAUACAACAUCAGAAAAUUCACACUGGUGAGAAAGCCUGGGAAUGUAAUGAAUGUGGAAGAAUUUUUACUUGUGCAACAUACCUGACCCGGCAUCAGCGAAUUCAUACUGGUAAUAAACCAUAUACUUGUAACAAAUGUGGAAAAGCCUUUCUUCGUUCUUCAGACCUUAUUCUGCAUCAAAGAAUUCAUACUGGUGAGAAACCCUAUGAGUGUAAGGAAUGUGGGAAGGCUUUUGCAAGAGGCUCAAAUCUUAAUCGCCAUCAAAAAGUUCAUAAUGGUAAGAAAUAUGAGAAACCUUAUCAAUGUAUGUUAUGUGGAAAAGCCUAUAGUAGUAAAUCAGCCAUUACUCUGCAUCAGAGAAUUCACACUGGUGAGAAACCAUAUAUAUGUAAGGAGAGUGGAAAAGCCUUUCAUAGCAGUUCAGUACUUACAGAACAUCAGAGAAUUCACACUGGUGAGAAAGCUUAUAUGUGUAAAGAAUGUGACAAAGUCUUUCAUUAUUCCUCAGAUCUUAAAAGGCAUCAGAGAACGCAUACUGGUGAAAAACCCUAUGAAUGUAAGGAAUGUGGCAAGGCCUUUAAGAGUGCAUGUAUUUUUUUUAUACAUCAUAGAAUUCAUACUGGGGAGAAACCCUAUGAAUGUAAAAACUGUGCUAAGGCAUUUGGAAGUUGCUCAGCCCUUAACCGACAUCAGAGAGUUCAUACUGGUGAAAAACCCUAUAUAUGUAAAGAUUGUGGAAAGGCCUUUUGUAGCAGCUCCAAACUUACAGAACAUCAGAGAAUUCACACAGGUGAGAAACCAUAUGUGUGUAACGAAUGUGGAAAGACUUUUUGUAAUAGUUCUAUACUUACAGAACAUCAGAGAAUUCACACUGGUGAGAAACCACAUGUGUGUAAAGAAUGUGGAAAGACCUUUUAUCACCCUUCACGCCUUAGUCAACAUUGGGGAAUUCAUAUGGGUAAGAAACCCUACGAAUGUAAGGAAUGUGGGAAAACCUUUAGUAGUAGCCCUGCCAUUAUCCGGCAUCAGAGGAUUCAUACUGGUGAGAAAUGCUUUGAAUGUAAGGAGUGUAAAAAGGCCUUUCAUUGUUCCUCAGACCUUUCUCAACAUCAGAGAAUUCAAAAUGGAAAAACUUUACGAAUGCAAAGAAUGUGGGAAGGUUUUUUACGUAGUUCAAAUCUUAAUCAAUAUCGGAAAGAUCAUGCUGGUAAGACGCUCUGAAAAUAAUCUAUGGGAAAGGCAUUUAAUUAUGAAUUUCAUCUAAUUUGAGAUAGGACUUCAUGCUGGUUAGAUCCUAUAAUUAGUAUGAAGAGCCUUUUAUUUGCUUUUUACAGCCUAAAUUGCCUAAGAAUAUAGUAAAUAUCAGAAGAUCAUCAGGAGUUCACUCCUGAAUAUCAGGAAUUUAUGACCGUGAAGGAAGAAAACGAAAACUUUGGUGCAUGUCAACCUUAACUAUCAGAGGAUUUAUCAAGGAAUAAUCCUAGAAUUUCAUUUUACUUUUCCUAAUUUAACUCUAGGUAUUUUUGCCUUACUUAUAUUUACUGGUCAUUAAAAUUGUUAGUUGUGCUUGAGGCGCCUGGGUGGCUCAGUCGUUAAGCGUUAAGCGUCUGCCUU